GUGAGGGAGGCUUGCUUCCUUCAGCCACUCAGGAGUUGGGGUGUGAGUUGCUUUUGUAAUCUCCCAAGUGCCUUAUCGAGUCCGGCCACCCAAGGAAGUUUGCAGCAGGGGGCUAGGGGUGGGGAAGGGAAGCGGAGAGUCAGAGCAAAGCAAAAGAGAAAGGAACCGUGCGGUUGAAGAACCGGGUCAGCGCUCCCUCGGUUCCUUCCUAGCCCAGUCUGGUGCCCUCCGCUCCUGCUUGAAGCAACAGCAGCCGCAUCCCGCGCGAUGCCGGACUACGAAUUCAGUCCCGCGUCGGCGUCGGAGGACAGACCGCGCGGCGGGACCUCUCGGCGAGUCUACGUUGUCCUCAUUGUCUGUCUCCUGGUGAUAACCUUCAUCAUGGCCAUCGGGAUCGGAGUCCUGGUCCUGGCCCAGAGGUCCUCGGACAGCACCGACUACGUCUCGGGGAUCAUUCUGGGGCGCUGCCUCAGCCUCACUCGAAUUGCGCGGCCUGAGCUAAAGGAUAAAGACUGUAAGAAAAUAUUGGAUGCAUUCAAAAGUGCGUUUGUUUCCAAGGAUCCCUGCAACAUCACAAAAGAAGACUAUCAACCACUGAUUAACUUGACUGCCGACCCUGUACCUUGCGACAAGAGCCUCUUCUGGAGUGGAUCCAAACAGCUGGCCCACCAGUACACAGGGAUCCAGAAGGAGAUGUUCACUCUAGAGGACACAUUGCUGGGCUACAUGGGUGAUGGCCUCACGUGGUGUGGAGACCCCAGAACUUCUGAAAUAAAGUAUGAAUCUUGCCCACGUCGGAAUGAAAAGUGCAACAGUACCGCUACUUACGUAUUCUGGAAUGUGGUUUCACAGAAGUUUGCAGAAUCUGCCUGUGGUACGGUCUACGUGAUGCUCAACGGAUCCAGAGACACUCCAUUUAGCAAAAACAGCACUUUUGGAAGGGUAGAAGUCUUCAAUUUGCGACCAGAGAAGGUUCAUACGCUUCAGGCCUGGGUGAUGCAUAAUGUGGAAGGAGUUUCCAGGGACUCAUGCUCAGGAUCCUCCAUCCGUGAGUUGCAAUCCAUUGUGCAACAGAGGAAGAUUUCAUUUGAAUGCCACAAUGACUACAGGCCUGCCAGGUUUAUUCAGUGUGUUAAACAGCCGUCGCAUCUGACGUGCAAAGCUCUGUUGUGAGCCCGCAGCCAUGGGAGUUGCAGAUCCUUGGCCACCUGUACACACCAGCAUGCCCAACACCUGAUGUUCCCACCUGUGCACACACCUGCCCAACACCUGUGCUCCAGUGGAAGAUCUUCUGUCCCAUCCAUCAGCCAGCUCCUGUGUGGGACAGGCCCUCCGUCGUGAUGUCACCACUAGAGAUGGAAAUCCUUUUCCUCCAAGGCUUGGCAUAACACUUAUUGUAAUCUAUAGACUUUCAGAAACAUCAUUGUAUGAAUUUAGAAUGGAAUUU